CUCUUUGCUACACGGUUGGUAUGAGAGCAUUUUCGCACGAUGGAUGAAAACCCAUUUGAUUCUGAAGAGUUUGUCUGCGAUAUCCAGCUAUGGAUUCAACGUCUUGAUCCUGAUCAAUUCCGGAAGCUUGUCCAGCGCCGGGGUUUGAUCAAAGACCGCGACCUCAUUGAUGAUCUUAAACUUAUACAAGCACAACAGGGAGGUGCGGCCCACAAUGCAAAAGUCGUUUCAAUCCUUGAUCCUGGUGAAAUGGACACCUAUCAGGGUCUGUGUAAUGUCAUUCUGAAAAUGGGCUACACCGACCGCUAUCAUCAGAUGAUUCAACUCUUGCCACAAGACCGCGUUCAACAAGUGACCCCAGCAUUGUCCUCGAGUGUUGCUGCUAAGCAACCAGAGUCAGCCAACGCCAUAGCAGCCAGAGCAGACCCACCUGUAACCAUGCCAACUGAAAAAGGCAUGACAACAGCGGCUGCAUCAGCAGGAUAUGCAGCGUAUCACUCCAAUGCAGGGACAAAGAGUUCAUGGCCAGAUGGACAGCAAUUAGCACCACUGUGUCCACCGAUGAAAAGCAGAACUGCAGCAGCAAGACCAGGAGCAGAAGCGGGAGAAGCAGCAGCAACAGCAGCAGUAGCUGGAGCAGCAGCAGGGGCAAUGGCAGGAGUAGCAGAAACAGACGCAGUGGCUUCAUCAGCAACUGUAUUAACCCCUCAAGUGUCACUCCAGGCAAGGCUUCCAAUUGGAAUUUCAGAACGAGUGCGUGGAGAAACAGCAGAGUCAGAACUAGGAGCAACAGCCACAGUAUCAGCUGUACCAGCACUUCAUCAUUGCCAUUAUCCAGGUGCACAGCCACCUCUUGCUCUGCAGCUCGGUGCAGCCUUAGCUUGCUCCUCCCCUGGUAGAUUACCCUCAUCAAUGUCAGGUCCUUCUCCUACGGCAGAGACUACAAUUGGUCUUAGCCAGACCUGUUUGAGUGCAUCCACCCAAGCCACUACAACACAUCCCAUUGCCAGUUCAGCUAACACUAGCACUGGCAGGUGUGCUGCUGUUGGUAAUGCUGCUGAGAGAGGAACUGCAUUGCAGCAGAGUACACAGCCACCAGCGUCAGUCCACCUUGAAAACACGGCACAGCUGGCAGCAGCUGCAGUAGUAAGACAUGCUUCUUCACUGCCUCUCGAGCCGCAGGCCAAGAGGGCCCUACUAAGCAAUGUUGGUAGAGCAUUCACCGAAGAAAUGUCCAGGCAUAUUGACUAUGUGUCAGCUCCAAGUAUGGCUCGUACCAGUCCAGGUGCACAGCAACCUCUCGCUCUGCAGCUCGGUGCAGCCUUAGCUUGCUCCUCCCCUGGUAGAUUACCAUCAUCAAUGUCAGGUCCUUCUACUACGGCAGAGACUACAAUUGGUCUUAGCCAGACCUGUUUGAGUGCAUCCACCCAAGCCACUACAACACAUCCCAUUGCCAGUUCAGCUAACACUAGCACUGGCAGGUGUGCUGCUGUUGGUAAUGCUGCUGAGAGAGGAACUGCAUUGCAGCAGAGUACACAGCCACCAGCGUCAGUCCACCUUGAAAACACAGCACAGCUGGCAGCAGCUGCAGUAGUAAGACAUGCUUCUUCACUGCCUCUCGAGCCGCAGGCCAAGAGGGCCCUACUAAGCAAUGUUGGUAGAGCGUUCACCGAAGAAAUGUCCAGGCAUAUUGACUAUGUGUCAGCUCCAAGUAUGGCUCAUACCAGUCCAGGUGCACAGCAACCUCUCGCUCUGCAGCUCGGUGCAGCCUUAGCUUGCUCCUCCCCUGGUAGAUUACCAUCAUCAAUGUCAGGUCCUUCUACUACGGCAGAGACUACAAUUGGUCUUAGCCAGACCUGUUUGAGUGCCUCCACCCAAGCCACUACAACACAUCCCAUUGCCAGUUCAGCUAACACUAGCACUGGCAGGUGUGCUGCUGUUGGUAAUGCUGCUGAGAGAGGAACUGCAUUGCAGCAGAGUACACAGCCACAAGCGUCAGUCCACCUUGAAAACACGGCACAGCUGGCAGCAGCUGCAGUAGUAAGACAUGCUUCUUCACUGCCUCUCGAGCCGCAAGCCAAGAGGGCCCUACUAAGCAAUGUUGGUAGAGCAUUCACCGAAGAAAUGUCCAGGCAUAUUGACUAUGUGUCAGCUCCAAGUAUGGCUCGUACCAGUCCAGAUUCCCAGGCCUCUCUGCUGCAGAAGUCUCAGUUCCUCCUGGACAGCCCCGAAAUGUCUGAAGGUGACUCAGGGUUUUCCGGCUCUGCUGCUAGCUCAGACACCGAAGAAUGGACAGAAGAUGAUCUGCGCAAUGCUCGAGUCACGGUUUUUAUGGACAGCAAACUCAGGACAUCUGCUGACUGUGAUGGAAUUAUCUUGGACAGUUUAUCUAAGCAGCACUUCAAUGAGACUAAUAUCAGAAUCAAAUCUACGAGCAGAAGAAGUGAUCCUGCGCUCACACGUGUUGAAGGAAAAGGAGGAGAUAUUAGGACAUUGGUCAAAAUCAUCAUCAACGGACAACCUGACGACUACACUAAACAUAGGAUCCGAAGGGAAGUGAUUGAGGACCUGGAGGACCUUACCUUCUCCAAGAAUCAAAUUCAGGUCAUCUACAAAGGCGACUGGGAUUCCAUCCAGGUGGUACUGCUGCUACCAAUGAGGACACUGGGUCAUCUACUCUUCCUUGCAGUACACUAUCCUGGACUGCUGCGAGGCCUGGAUAUACUUCAAAUCAUUGACAUCUCCUCAUUGACCAUAAUUGACUUUCGAGAGAUAACAGGCAACUCUAGCAGCUCCAAUAUGGCCUUAGACGAGUUGCUAGAUGAUGAUGGAGAGCUGUCAGAGGACUAUGACGAUGACGAGGAUGAGGAUGUUGAUGUUGAGGAUCUACCUCAGGGCUAUGACAAGGAUAAGUAUGGAUAUGAGAGCGAGGUAAAUGAGAUGGAGUUUUCGAGGCGCGCUGACACAGCUGAUGCUGCUGAACGCCACAUUUCGCAGCAGGAAUAUGAUCAGCUGAAUGACCGUAGUAUGGAUUUCCAGUCGGUGCUGGCAGCCAUAAUGGGGUCACACAGGAAAGACCAGAAUUUCCUGACAGCAAUCAGCGCUUCCAUUGCUAACAAAAUGCUCAGCUCGAACACAGCCAGACUGGUGGCACUCACGCACAGACGGAAGAAGGAACUUGCAGCACCUCAAGACAGGCCGGUAUUUUUGACAUCGCCGGAGCGAAUUGAGAGGCUGACAACAGAGCUGAAGAAAACCACAUUAGAGCAGCAGCCUGUAGCAGAAAAGGAACAGAUCAGCCCGGUAGAGAAGCCCAUCAGCUCGGUAGAGAUGCCCAUCAGCCCCAGAAAGAGACACAGGCCCCCAACACAGAUACCCUGGAGGACUAGCCGAACACCAAACGAACAUUCCGAGCGUGGCGACACUCCGUUGCACGAUGCCGCCUGGAGAGGUAACCUCGAGGUGUGUCAAGCGCUGAUCGCUGGAGGGGCCGACUGUAAAAUCAAGAAUGAGCGUGGCGACACUCCGUUGCACGAUGCCGUCAGGAGAGAUAACCUCGAGGUGUGUCAAGCGCUGAUCGCUGGAGGGGCCGACUGUAACAUCAAGAAUGAGCAUGGCGACACUCCGUUGCAUGAUGCCGCCAGUAUAGGUAAACUCGAUGUGUGUCAAGCGCUGCUCGCUGCAGGGGCGGACUGCAACAUCAAGAAUGAGGAUGGCGACACUCCGUUGCACAAAGCCAUCUGGGGUGGAAUCGAGGUGUUUCAAGCACUGCUGGCUGCAGUAGCGGACUGUAACAUCAAGAAUACGCAUGGCGACACUCCGUUGCACCAUGCCACCAGUAUAGGUAAACUCGAUAUGUGUCAAGCGCUUCUCGCCGCAGGGGCGGACUGCAACAUCAAGAAUGAGCGUGGCAACACUCCGGUGCACUAUGCCGCCCAUAGAGGUAAACUCGAGGUGUGUCAAGCGUUGGUCGCUGCAGGGGCAGACUGUAACAUCAAGAAUACGUGUGGCGACACUCCGUUGCACCGUGCCGCCAGUUUAGGUAAACUCGAUGUGUGUCAAGCGCUGCUCGCUGCAGGGGCGGACUGCAACAUCAAGAAUGAGUGUAGAGAAUCGCCAUCAUGCCAGAAUCUUUCACCUCAGCAGGCCCCGACAGAACAAUAA